AUGUCGCUCUCCCUCCUCACAGCCCAAUACUUCCAACAACUCGACCCCCACCUCCUCACCUUCCCCGAAGACAACCACCUCCUCGACCCCACCACCCAAGAAACCAUCUACACCACUCUCUUCUCCGAAUCCCACGCCGCAAAUGAACAACCCCUCCCCCCACCCGCCUACCGCACGCGCGUGCUCAAGCGCCUCAUCACAAAACUAGAAUCCCUACUCUCCAACCCCGAGGAGGAUGAAAUCAAUGAAUCCCUCCUCGAAGAAUACAGCACGCUCCUCACCCUCCCCAAGCCCUCAUCAAUCGAACAAGCCCAACAACUCACCUACAUUACCUACACCGCGCCACCAGAAGAAGAAGACGACGACGACGACGACGACGACGACGAUCAUGACUCAUUGGAGACUAAUAAGAGACGACGAACAAUCCUCACCUCCGAAUCCCGCUCCGCAAUCAUAACAGCCGGUACAACCGGCCACCGAACAUGGGAAGCCGCUCUGCAUCUGGCCACGUACCUCUCCUCCACGGCAGCAGGAAAGGCGCACAUCGCCGGGAAGAAGGUGCUUGAGCUCGGUGCCGGGACGGGCAUGGUGUCGAUGUUCUGUGCGAGGUAUUUGCAGCCGGAGGUGGUGGUGGCGACGGAUCGGGAGCUGGGGUUGAUGAGGCAGAUUAGGGAUUGUGCGGGACGGAAUGGGUUAGCUGGGGAGAAGGAUGAUGGUGGGGUGUUCAAGGGGUGGAUUUGGGAGUGGGGGAGGGAGUUGUCUAGGGGGAGUGGUGAGGAUGAUGAUGAUGAACUGCAGCAGGUGGGAGAUUAUGUGAAGGUAGAGUUUGAUGUUGCGCUGGGUGCAGAUUUGGUACGUUCUUCUCUUCUCUUUCCCUUCCGUAUCCUCCCUUCCCUAUUUUCCCUUUGCUUUGUUGGUCUGUAUACAAUGGAUGAACAACGUGCAACUCUGGCCCGAAGCACUGGGUGCAAUCGCCUAAUCAGGAGCGAAUAUCCCGAGCACUAUCCAUUCCUCUGGCUAUGGUAA